AUGAAAGCUGUUAUGAAUGAAUUGGAGAAAAAUGACGAUAUUAUCCUUUUUAUAGAUGAAAUUCAUACUAUUGUGGGAGCAGGUGGUGCUACAGGAUCUUUAGAUGCGUCAAAUAUGUUUAAACCGGCUCUUGCAAGGGGUGAAAUACAAUGUAUUGGUGCGACCACAUUAGAUGAAUAUCGUCAAUAUAUAGAGAAAGAUGGAGCUUUAGAAAGACGUUUUCAAAAGAUCAUAGUAGAACCUACCUCUGUAGAAGAAACUAUUUUAAUUUUGAAUAAUAUAAAGAAUAAAUACGAAGAUCAUCAUAAUGUAACCUAUUCUGCCGAGGCUAUUGAUGCUUGUGUAAAAUUGACCAAUCGUUAUAUGUCUGAACGUUUUUUACCGGAUAAGGCUAUUGAUGCCUUAGAUGAAGCCGGCUCAAGAGUACACAUAACAAAUAUUAAUGUACCGAAACAAAUUCUGAAUUUAGAAAAAGAGUUGGAAGGUAUACGAGAGAAUAAAAAUAUUGUUGUAAAAAAACAAAAAUAUGAAGAAGCCGCAAAAUUAAGAGAUGAUGAAAAAAGAAUUGAAAAAGAACUUGUCGAUGCUCAAAUUAAAUGGGAAGAAGAUUCAAAAAAUAAUCGUAUUUUAGUAACAGAAGAUAAUGUUGCAGACGUUGUUUCUAUGAUGACGGGAAUUCCUGUAAAUCGAAUUGCUCAAACAGAAAGUAAUAAGCUGGCUAAAUUACCCGACCUAAUAAAAGGAAAAGUAAUAGGUCAGGAUGAAGCCGUGCUAAAAAUUGCAAGGGCUAUACAAAGAAAUAGGGCCGGAUUGAAAGAUCCUAAUAAACCCAUAGGAUCUUUUAUCUUUUUGGGGCAAACAGGAGUUGGUAAAACACAAUUAGCUAAAGUAUUGGCCAAAGAAUUAUUUGACUCGGAAGAUGCCCUAGUACGGAUUGAUAUGAGUGAAUAUAUGGAAAAAUUUGCCAUUUCGAGAUUAUUAGGUGCGCCUCCCGGAUAUGUGGGAUAUGAAGAAGGAGGACAACUGACCGAAAAAGUAAGACGAAAACCUUAUAGUGUCAUAUUAUUAGAUGAGAUAGAGAAAGCACAUCCGGAUGUCUUUAAUAUGAUGUUACAAGUGCUUGAUGAUGGCUUUUUAACAGAUAGUUUAGGUCGAAGGAUCGAUUUUAGUAAUACAGUUAUUAUCAUGACGUCUAAUGUGGGAGCAAGGCAAUUAAAUGAUUUUGGACAAGGUGUUGGCUUUGGUACAUCUGCCAAAAUAGCUCAAGUAGACGAAAACUCAAAAAGUAUUAUAGAGAAUGCGUUGAAAAAGGCUUUUUCUCCUGAGUUUUUAAAUAGAAUAGAUGAUGUUAUUGUAUUUAAUCCACUUGAAAAAGAACAUAUUGAUCUGAUUAUAAAUAUUGAGCUUGAUAAAUUAUAUAAAAGAGUAAAAGAAAUAGGUUAUAAACUGAAGUUAUCUGAUCAAGCCAAAAAUUUUAUUGCAGAGAAAGGAUUUGAUAAGCAAUUUGGUGCAAGACCGUUAAAGAGAGCCAUUCAGAAAUAUGUUGAAGAUACUUUGGCAGAAAAGAUGAUUUCUUCAAAAAUCCUUCAAGGAGAUGAAAUCUUUAUGGAUUAUGAUGAAUCUUUAAAAGAACUAGUA